GGAAGAACAAAAACAAGAACGUCCACAAAAUCGGGAGUUCGGGAGAGAAUUUGUCGUCGUCUGAAGAUGUGUUUGUUUAACCGCUGAGAUCAAUGAUGGAUCAGCCCAUCACUGAAAUACGUUUGAAGUUUGAAAGAAGGAUCGCAGAUUAUGAGGCUGAAAUCUUACGUCUAAAGGAGGAAAAUUCUCGUCAGAAGAAACUACUGGACGCCAUUUAUAAGCCUGAAGUACGGAUAUACAAAUCAGACCUCCCGCAGUUCUUUGUUUCUGAAGAUAAGGUUCCCUCUGUGAAGCAGGAGUGGAGCCCCAGUCUGGACCAGGGGGAGCCAGAGCCCCCACAUAUUAAAGAGGAAGAGGAGGAACUCUGGAGCAGUCAGGAGGAAGAGCAGCUUGAAGGACUGGAGGAGAAGGUUGACAUUACCGAGCUGUCAUUUCCUCCUGUCCCUGUAAGGAGAGAAAAUGAUGAAGAGAAAGCUCAAUCCUCUCAGCUUCAUCAAAGUCAAACUGAAGAGAAAAGAGAGACAGAGCCUCCAGCCAGCACCUCAACUGAGCAGAUGAAACCAGAAAGUGAUGGAGAGGACUUUGGACCAAUAGAACCAGCCCGUAACCUCAAUCAAGAUGGUGAUUUACAACCAACUAGUGAUGGAUAUCGCUCUUCAGACUGUUGUGAAAGUGAGACUGAAGACAAUGAUGAUGGUGGGAACAAGACAAGAGAACCUCACUCAGGUUUGGACACAACUGAGAACAAUGAAAUCAGUAAUGAGCGAUCUGCUGAGAAUAAACCCUUCAGUUGCUCAGUCUGUGGUAAAGGGUUUUCUAAAAGAGGAUAUAUGAAGAAACAUAUGAUAAUGCAUACAGGAGAGAAACCUUUCAGUUGCUCAGUCUGUGGUAAAGAGUUUUCUCAUAAACAUGUUAUGCAGUCACACAUGAGAACACAUACAGGAGAGAAACCUUUCAGUUGCUCAGCCUGCGGUAAAGCGUUUUCUCAUAAACAUGUUAUGCAGGUACACAUGAGAAUACAUACAGGAGAGAAACCUUUCAGUUGCUCAUACUGUGGUAAAGAGUUUUCUAAAAGAGGACAUAUGAAGAAACAUAUGAGAAUGCAUACAGGAGAGAAACCCUUCAGUUGCCCAGUCUGCGGUAAAGAGUUUUCUCAUAAACAUAUUAUGCAAACACACAUGAGAAUACAUACAGGGGAGAAACCUUUCAUUUGCUCAUUCUGUGGUAAAGGGUUUUCUGAAAUAGGAAGUAUGCAGAGACACAUGAUAAUACAUACAGGAGAUAAACCUUUCAGUUGCUCGGUCUGUGGUAAAGGAUUUUCUCAAAGAGGACAUAUGCAGUCACACAUGAGAAUACAUACAGGAGAGAAACCCUUCAGUUGCUCAGUCUGUGGUAAAGGGUUUUCUGAAAGAGGUAGUAUGCAGUCACACAUGAGAAUACAUACAGGAGAUAAACCCUUAAGUUGCUCAGUGUGUGGUAAAGGAUUUUCUGAAAGAGGACAUCUGCAGUCACACAUGAGAAUACAUACAGGAGAGAAACCGUUCAGUUGCUCAGUCUGUGGUAAAGGGUUUUCUGAAAGAGGAAACAUGCAGAAACACAUGAGAGUACAUACAGGAGAGAAAUCCUUCAGUUGCUCAGUCUGUGGUAAAGGGUUUUCUGAAAGAGGAAGUAUGCAGAGACACAUGAUAAUACAUACAGGAGAUAAACCCUUCAGUUGCUCAGUGUGUGGUAAAGGGUUUUCUGAAAGAGGAAACAUGCAGAGACACAUCAAAAUACAUACAGAUGUGACGAGAAUGUGAAGGGGGUUAGGGGCUUUUAAGCGUUCAUGAUUCUGUAAAAAUAUUUUCAAAAUCUGAAUAUGAUCUCACUAGUAAGCAUGGUUUCCAUUAAAAGAAAAAUUAAGAUGUAUUGUCUCAGAUGCAUCUGUAUCUCAAUUUAUAUAUUCAAUAUGCAUAUAUAUUCAACUGGGGACCUCCAUCGACAGUAGGCUGACCUUCAAUGACGACACAAUAAGUAUUGUCUUGAGCUGCCAGCAGAUAACCUACCUGCUACGGAGACUGACGUGUCUGGGUAUUUCCCCUGCCAUCCUCUGCAGCUUUUGCAUCUGCCAUAUUGGGAGUCUCCUUACUUUCUCUUUCCUGGCCUGGUAUGGAGGGCUCUCUGAGGCCAACCAGAGCAAGCUGUGGAAGAUGACAACACUGAUGUCUAAGCUCUGCGAACAGUGGUGCUCAGGUCUCCAACUGCAGUACAAGCAGCGGGCAGUGAGUAAAGCAGGAAAGAUUGCCAGGGACAAAACACACGAUCUCAACACCUGCUUGAAGAGCCUACCCUGUGGCAGGAGAUAUCAUGUUCCCAACUUCAAGAACGAUAGAGGGAGAGACGGCUUCAUCCCGUCUGCCAUACCACGACUAAAUAAGCACAGAUAAUUUGCCCCCACCCCCAGCUACCUUUCUCUUGCCCCAGAAUACCUGGACCUAUUGCUAUAAACCUCCACCUCCACCUUCACCAUCAACCACACCCACCCCACCCAAGACUGUCUUGUUCUUAUCCUAGCUUUGUUUUUAAACCCAACUUCUAGCUGAUACCUGAUCUUGUAUGUUUGUUUAUCUAAGUUGUGUGUGUGUGUUGUUGUACACUCUGACCUGAACAAAACGAAUUUCCCUUGUGGAUAAAUAAAGACAUCUUAUCUUAUGUUGUCUUAUCCUAGAGUUUCUACUUAAACAGGGAAGAAGGUAGAUGUGCGUCUGGUUUGUUUGUGCACCUUCGGUGUGAAAUAUAGCUGGAUUUUUUUUAAGCUAGCAUUCGUUUUUGAACAAAUUUCUAAUUUUUUAUUGGUGUACCUUUUUCAAAUGUGAUUGUG